UUUUGACUUUUUUUUAGAGAUCACAUGCUUUUCGGCGUACCGUCUUUGGCGUACUAACGUACGCAAACAAAAAUUAUUUAAAUAAUUCCUCGAAACGAACAUAACCAAAAAGAUGUCUUUUAUGAUAGAAAGCAGGCAACCUAAUGAAAUAAACAAUAAAAACAGUGAAAAUUUACUUACUUAUAGAAUGAAAGAAGAUUAUAGUUUUAAGUAUAUACCUGAAAGUCAUUUUAAAUGUGUAGUAAAAAACGUACAGAGGCAAAGGCGCAAGGAGGAUGAGGAGCGUAUUUGGACUUCAUUCGUUAAAGAACAGGAGUUAAAUAAUCUGAGGAUUGAUAAAGGUGAUGUUGACCGGUCCAUAGAAAGCAUCGAAAAUCUCCUACAAGAGAAUAUACAAGAUGUAGAUAGAGAACUUAAAAGACUCCGGGAGGAUGCUCUCCCCGAACGAAAUAAAGGGACUCGAAGUUGUAAAUCUAAUAAUAAACAUGAAAAGUCUACACCUAUAGAAAAUAGUUUUCCGAAGGAGAAGCUGGAGGUAAAAGAUAAAAAUAGAAAUAACACUAAUAUUCAAAUUCCAAUUUUGCAAGAGGACAUUGUUUCUAAUUAUAAAGAAACCGAAGAAUCCAGAAGAAGUUUUAAAUCGAAGGCUAAAAUAUCUCUAUCGGACCCUUUGAUUACGCACAAGAGACAUUAUACGAAUCAACUUCUGCACACAACUGAUAACUUUGAGAAUAAUUCUGAUUCGGAUUCGAGUAAUAACAGAAACGAUAUUGUUCACGUACAACCAGAUCCGUUUACAGUACAAAAAAUUCUAUUAAUGCAAAAGAAAAUUGCUGAAUUAUUAAAUGAAAUUUCAUUUAGAUUAUGCAAGAUUCCUCUGCCAGAUGGUGAUAACGAUUUGAAAAGAAGGCAACAGCAAAGCAUGGAAUUUGCUAUUAGAUUUUCAAGAAAUUAUAUCUAUGAACUUAACAGGCUUGUCGCGAGCAUUCAAAAACACAUUGGUGUUGUAUCUUUCAAAACGCGAUUAAAUCAAUGUCAUAAAAAUAUUGGAUUUCGUCAAGACAAGAUUAAACAAGAACUAAUCGCUGCUCAUCAAUUAUUAAUACAAGCUUUAAGUGCUUACUGCAAACAUAUUCCUAACUCUACUCUCGAAGGCCACGCUAAAAAACUUCAAAAUGUACUACAGAUUGUCUGUGACCUGAAAGAUAUAUGCGAUAAAGUUGAACUCUCCGCCAAUCGUUUCUGCGCGGGAGAUGCGGAUAUGAUGCCAGAGGAAACGGAACUUCAAGAUGUAAUCGAUACUAUUUUGUCGAAAUUGAAGUUGACUUUAGAAGGUAAACAUCCAACUAUUAAUCAUAGGAAUACUGAAUCUGCAAUGACUCUUGCACCGGUAUCUUCGCGCAACAAAAAAAGUUCUAGUAAAAAGAAUUUAUCUAGUCGACUGAGCAUGUACAGCGUGGAUGUAUCUAAAACUAAGCAAAGAAGAAGGAACGACUUGAGAAAAAGUCAUUUUUCUCAAAAAGAAAAAAAGUGUUCUGUACUAGACACCAAAAGCACACACAGUCAACAAUAUUUGAUACCAGAAUUACUAUAUCCUAGUCCCGUAACGCAUACACCGUCUUCUAGGGACGUUGCUUGGAUUGAAUCGACAAAGGAUGUGAAGUAUUUGAGAGAAGAUGAUAUCAAAACAAUGAUGGACGAAAUAGUAAUAGAUUCUGAUAAUGAUAGUAAUCUAGACAUUCAAACGAAACGUAGUAAUACAAUGAAAACGGUACAACAAUCUAAAAUAUUACGGAAAAAGUUAUCUACAGAGAUAUCUAAACCAAAGAAUGGCGAUGUUAAAAGGACAAAUACUAAAGGACAGCAUUCUACAAAUGACAAUGAUCUACUAAAAAAAAUAUCAACAAUUACCAAAGAACAUUUGUCUACUCUAGUUCCUGUAAUAAGCGAUUUAAUGACUUUAGCAUCAAAAAAGCAAAACGACUCAGAAGCGCAACCUAUAUCAGAAACAUCUAUGGGAACGUUAAUAGAAUUUUUGCACAAAUAUCAAUCGCCUAAAGAUUCGGAUACAAAAGCAUCUAUGACGGAUGAUAGUUGUAAACGUUCAAAUGUUAAAUUAAAUGGCGUAUCUGAAAUUCAGAAAUACGGCAAUGAGAAUGUACAACUAAUUUAUGUGUCAUCCAUGGAUAAGGUGCCUAACACGACACACUGUAAUGCUUCGUGUCAAGUCGAUUGCGAGAUCGCGAGUAUCAAUAAUAGAAAAAGUACAAAUUCAACUACCAAAGACUGGGUGGAACUUAAUGUUUCAAAAGAGACUGCACUACAGUUUUCAGCAUACAGAGACGAAUAUCAAAAGCUGUGUCAGUCAAAGCCAAUGUAUUCUAGCAGCACACCAAACAAACCAUGGGAUAUCGUGGCAUGGAUAUCCGAUAAACUAAUAGAAGAGCUAAUAAUCGAAAUAACAGAAGAAUUACAAAUGAACGAUGUACUACAGAAAUUGUUUGAGAUGGAAUUUAAAGAAUAUUAAGAGCAAUGUUUGUUCGUGACAAAUUAAAAUAUAAAAUCACAUUUACGAAGCAACCAAUUUUGCAAACAUUUUUUACUUGAAAUAUAAAUUUUUUAAAUAAACUAUUACU